AUGUGUUUAAAAAAUAAUGGUUUAAAUCCUUCUUAUUAUAUAUCUAUAUCAGAAAUGUUUAAUGAUUCUCUAUACAAAAGUAGUAAAACAAAACUUAAGCUUAUAACAAAUAUAAAUGAGUAUUUAAUAGUUGAAAAUAGAAUUUAUGAAGGCAUGACAAUAGCAAGUCAUCAAUAUGCCAAAGCAAAUAAUCCACAAUAUCCAGACUAUAAACCUAGCAAGCCAAAGUUUUGGAUCUUAUAUGAAGAUAUGAAUGCUUUAUAUUCAGAUGCAAUGACCCAAUACAUGCUUACAAAAAUCCUAGAA